GCUCCUGACCGCUGCCAGGAUGGGGCACGGACCGCUCACUAGGAAGCUGUUCCAGUGUUCGACCACCCUCACAACACACAACGCUUACGUCCGCCGGAACCCCCGGCUCCGGCUCUGCGCCAUCUCCUCACGCUCCGCCAUCCGCACCGGAGAGCGCAGAGCGGAGCCCGCCCUCGUGACUCCGACCGACCUCCGACCCCCCACACAGGGCAACCCGAGGCGUUCCGUCCUCACGGCACGCCUCCAACUCCGUCACCAGUUUCGCUGCACCAGACCAUGGAGUCCUGCGCUGCUGUUGGCAAAGCGUGCCUCCACAGCAGAAAAUCACAGCAUAGGGAAGAUUCUGAUUGCAAACCGAGGAGAAAUUGCGUGCAGAGUGAUGCGAACGGCAAGGAAGAUGGGUGUGAAGUCUGUAGCAGUUUAUAGUGAAGCAGACAGAAAUUCCAUGCAUGUAGCAAUGGCAGAUGAAGCAUAUUGCAUUGGUCCAGCACCCUCACAGCAGAGUUAUUUGGCCGUUGAGAAAAUAAUACAGGUGGCCAAGACCUCAGCAGCACAGGCUAUUCAUCCAGGUUAUGGUUUCCUCUCAGAAAACACAGAAUUUGCAGAGCUGUGCAAGCAAGAGGGAAUCAUCUUCAUAGGUCCGCCUUCAUCUGCUAUCAGAGAUAUGGGUAUUAAAAGCACUUCCAAAGCUAUAAUGUCUGCUGCUGGCGUUCCUGUUGUUGAAGGUUAUCAUGGAGAAGAUCAGUCAGACCAGUGUCUAAAAGAGAAUGCCAUGAGAAUAGGAUAUCCAGUAAUGAUUAAAGCUGUUCGCGGCGGUGGAGGAAAGGGCAUGAGAAUUGCUCAUUCAGAAAAGGAGUUUCUGGACCAACUGCAAUCAGCAAGGAGAGAAGCAAAGAAGUCUUUCAAUGAUGAUGCAAUGCUGAUUGAAAAAUUUGUAGAUAAUCCAAGGCAUGUUGAAGUCCAAGUGUUUGGUGACCAGCAUGGCAACGCUGUGUAUUUGUUCGAAAGAGACUGCAGUGUGCAAAGAAGGCAUCAGAAGAUCAUUGAAGAAGCACCGGGGCCAGGAAUUAAUCCUGAAGUUCGAAAGAGACUCGGAGAAGCUGCUGUGAAAGCAGCCAAGGCAGUGAAUUAUGUGGGAGCAGGAACAGUGGAGUUUAUUAUGGACUCCCAGCAGAAUUUUUACUUCAUGGAGAUGAAUACCAGGCUGCAGGUGGAGCAUCCUGUUACAGAGAUGAUCACUGGGACAGAUUUGGUGGAAUGGCAGCUUAGGGUUGCGGCAGGAGAGAAGAUUCCACUAACGCAGGAAGAGAUUCUGCUCCGAGGCCAUGCCUUUGAAGCUAGAAUAUAUGCUGAAGACCCUACCAAUAACUUCCUGCCAGGGGCUGGGCCCUUGGUGCACUUAUCCACCCCACCGCCUGAUAGAGACACCCGCAUAGAAACUGGGGUCAGACAAGGUGAUGAAGUUUCUGUUCAUUACGAUCCAAUGAUUGCAAAGUUAGUUGUGUGGGCUGAGGAUCGUGAGGCAGCGCUGAGAAAGUUGCGGUACAGCCUGCGUCAGUAUAAUAUUGUAGGAUUAAGCACUAAUAUUGAUUUCCUGCUGAGCCUGUCAGGACACCCACAGUUUGAGGCUGGAAACGUGCACACUAAUUUCAUUCCUCAAUACCAUGAUGAUCUGUUUCCAGCCAAAAAGGCAACCCCACUUGAAGUUGUGUGUCAGGCAGCUCUAGGACUCAUACUGAACGAGAAAAUGCUAUCAGAUGCCUUUAGAGAUCAGUCAAGUGAUAAAUUCUCACCAUUUGCAUCCAGCGCUGGUAGAAGAAUAAAUAUAUUAUAUACUAGAAAACUAUCUCUACUGGAUGGAGAAAACAUUGUGGAUGUUGCUGUAACUUACAAUCGAGAAGGGUCAUACAACAUGCAGAUUCAAGACAAAAUGUUCCUGGUUUCUGGAGAGAUCUUCAAUGAGGGCGAUUCAGUUUACCUGAGGUCUUCAGUUAAUGGAACAAUGUGCAAGUCCAAACUGGUCAUUUUGGACAACACCAUUCAUCUCUUCUCUCUGGAAGGCAGUGCUCAGAUUGGCCUUCCUGUACCCAAGUACUUAUCUGCAGUGAGCUCAGCAGGGACACAGGGUGGUGCCGUAGCUCCCAUGACGGGCACUGUUGAGAAGGUGUUUGUGAAAGCAGGCGAUAAGGUUGAGAUUGGAGACCCUCUAAUGGUUAUGAUAGCCAUGAAAAUGGAGCAUACCAUCAGGGCUCCAAAGGCAGGAGUGAUUAAAAAGGUGAAUUUUCAAGAAGGUGCCCAGGCCAACAGACAUGCUCCACUGGUGGAAUUCAUGGAUGAAGCAGCUGAACCAAAAUAAAACUCAGGGAAGGUGCAUUUUAUUUUUUCUACUUCUCUGAUGCUCUCUCAGGAGGUUUCUUCACCUUUUUAUCAAAGUGUUUUGUGUCACGGAUUGUGGAAUUGGUUUCCUCUGCACACACUCCGUUGGCUGCCAAUUAUUCUGACUGAACAUCACUGUGCUGUAAUUGUGUAUAUAACUUGUGGACCUAUGUGGUUGUUGUUCAAUGACUGUGUUUGCCUGUGGAAAGACCUCAGAGUGGGAAGAAACAGGUUUCCCUUAAAGGAAGGAGAGGUGAGUAAGGGCCACUGAGAGCGAAGGGUCUUCUGCCUACUUUGUCAUUCAGAGAUGCCUUUUUUCCCUGAGAUGUGAGAGCACUGACAUGAAGGAAACCUGGAAGGUUGUAAUAAUUUCAUGAAUUAAUUUCUCAUGCAGAAUUCCUGCGUAUGGCCUUAUCUUUUUGCCUCGGCAGGGAAUUCAGGACUGUUCAUAGCCCAGGAUCCCUCUGUCUUUUUAGGUGCAUCUGUUUUCCCAUUUACCUCAAGGCAUAGUGGUAACUUGCAUUUCAAAUAUUAUUUUAAUAUACUUUGAGAUACCUGAUAAAAAGCAUUUUAAGAAUACAUGGUGUGAUUUGCUACACUAAUCAAAGUUGGAAUGUGACUGCUUUCCAAAAACAGCAUUUGAUCUUUAAAGAUGAAGAAGUAGCACUGAGAGGUGAUAAGCUUUUUUAAUACUUGGAAAGUGUGCCAAAAUAAAAUAUCAACUUCAAGAUCCUCAUUCCUUUUCUCAUAUUGUUGAUGUUCCAAAGUGGUAUUUAUUAGCUGGAGUGUGAAGUACCAAGGUCUUUAUAACAACAUGAAACAUGACUAGGAAAAAUAUUCUUUUUUGCAUUUGUUGUGUUGUAAAAAGGAAAAUUUGUAGGCUUUUUUAAUUUGUAAAGCAAACAUUUCUCAGACAGCAUGCAAAUAAUUUACCAAAUAUUUUCUUGUUUCAAGGAACAGCUCAAAGAUACAGGAACAGAAGAAAGUGUUUUAAUUGUGACAGAAUUAGAAAAUCUUCUCACAUUUUGGUUAAGGUGAAAUUGUGCUGGUCAUAUGGACUUCUGAUACGUUGCUUUUGGAUGAUAGUAGAGUUGAUGCUGCACGAAGGAAUAGAUACAAAUGCUGCAGUGAUCCCAAAUCUGUAGUUAGAUCUGUGCAAGUGGAUCCUUGUGCUGAUGUGAAAUCCUAUUUCAUAGUCAAGAUACCGUGUCUGGGGGAAUUUUCUGCUCAGAUCCCAUACCUGGCAGCCUUGCCUGCAAUGCAGGCAAAAACUGUAGAAAUGAAAUGGGUCGAGGUGGUCUGUAUAUUAAAAACAUUGAGCACUGCUUUUCAGUAUCCCUGUUAAUCCAAUGACAUCUAACAAAAAAAUAAAAUUCAGUGAUCAUCUUGUAGAGUAUUGCCACAGUGAUUUUUAUUCACCACUAAAUAAAAAUUAAGCUUAACUUGGA